UUUUUUGUGACACUCAUGUCUCCUGUCCAUUCCAGGCUGAAAUGAACAGGUGGCCAGUGGAUGCUGACAGUGUGCUGCCCAGAUCUUGGUGCUGAGGAUUGCUGCAUGGUGUUUUUGCUGCUGGGGAUCAACAGCCCUCAGCCCUGAAUAGCCCUGAGGUUUUUCUGAUCUAUAUUGUAUAAAGUGUGAUUUGCUGGUUGUUAGAAGAGGAAAGAAUGGCAUUUCGCAAUGUGGUUAAAGGGACGCUUCUUGUUGGAGGAGGUGCUGUUGCAACUGUUUUUGGUCUAUCUCAGCUGACGGAUACAAGAAAAAAGUCACAUAUUACAUAUGUGCAAGCUGCGGAACCUACGAGGCAAGUAACCGAAAAAGACCUGCCAUCGAGAGAGGCUCAGUUAAUGACUCUUGAGAACACUAAAGAGUUUGAUGUGCUUGUAAUUGGAGGAGGCGCAACUGGAAGUGGGUGUGCUUUGGACGCGGUCACUAGAGGACUGAAAACCGCACUAGUUGAAAGAGAUGAUUUCUCCUCUGGGACCAGCAGUAGAAGUACUAAACUGAUUCAUGGAGGUGUUCGAUAUCUACAAAAGGCCAUUAUGAAGCUGGAUGUUGAGCAGUAUAAGCUUGUUAAAGAAGCCUUACAUGAACGUGCCAAUCUUCUUGAAAUUGCUCCCCAUUUGUCUACACCUUUGCCUAUAAUGCUUCCAGUUUACAAAUGGUGGCAGCUGCCUUACUAUUGGGUUGGAAUUAAGGCUUAUGAUCUUGUAGCCGGAAGUCAGUGCUUGAAGAGCAGCUAUAUCCUGAGCAAAUCUAAAGCCUUAGAACAUUUUCCAAUGCUGCAGAAAGACAAGCUUGUAGGAGCCAUCGUCUACUAUGAUGGACAACACAACGAUGCACGAAUGAACCUUGCCAUCGCACUCACUGCUGCCAGGUAUGGUGCUGCCACAGCCAAUUACACUGAAGUGGUACGCUUGCUCAAGAAGACAGAUUUGGAAAGCGGCAAGGAGCGCGUCUGUGGCGCACGGUGCAGAGACAUUCUAACAGGAAAAGAGUUUGAUGUUAAAGCAAAAUGUGUCAUCAAUGCCACUGGGCCAUUCACCGAUUCUAUUCGAAAAAUGGACGACCAAGAAGUGAAGAACAUCUGUCAGCCAAGUGCCGGAGUGCAUAUUGUGAUGCCUGGAUAUUACAGCCCAGAUCACAUGGGGUUACUUGAUCCGGCGACUAGUGAUGGGAGGGUGAUUUUUUUCCUACCGUGGGAAAAAAUGACUAUUGCUGGAACUACUGACACCCCAACAGAAGUUACACAUCACCCCAUUCCAACAGAAGAAGACAUCAAUUUUAUAUUAACAGAAGUGAGAAAUUAUCUUAGCACAGAUGUGGAAGUUCGACGAGGAGACGUACUUGCUGCCUGGAGUGGCAUUCGUCCACUGGUUACAAAUCCCCAUUCUGCAGACACACAAUCAAUAUCUCGCAAUCAUGUUGUUGAUGUUGGGGACAGUGGCCUUGUCACAAUAGCAGGUGGCAAAUGGACCACGUACCGUUCAAUGGCCGAGGACACCUUGGAUGCAGCAGUAAAGGCUCACAAUUUGAAAGCUGGGCCUUGCAAAACUGUUGGCCUCUUCCUUGAGGGAGGAAAAGACUGGAGUCCCACACUGUACAUCCGUCUCGUGCAAGAUUAUGGAUUAGAGAGCGAGGUCGCUCAACAUCUCGCAUCUACAUACGGUGACAAGGCCUUCGAAGUGGCGAAAUUAGCAAAAGUUACAGGAAAGAGAUGGCCAAUCGUUGGAAAGCGCCUGGUUUCUGAAUUUCCAUACAUCGAAGCCGAGGUAAAAUACGCAUUGAGAGAAUACGCUUGUUCCGCAGUGGAUGUCAUUUCGAGGCGAACUCGCUUGGCGUUUCUGAAUGUGCAGGCAGCCGAAGAAGCCCUGCCACGGAUUGUGGAUAUCAUGGCAAAAGAAUUCAAUUGGAAGGAGCAAAAGAAAAUGGAAGAAUUAGAAGCUGCAAAGCAGUUCCUGUAUUAUGAAAUGGGUUACAAAGCUCGAUCUGAGCAACUAACAGAUCGAUCGGAAAUUAAUCUGUCACCUUCGGAUGUGGACAGGUAUAAAAAGAGGUUUCACAAGUUCGAUAAAGACAAGAAGGGUUUUAUCACCAUAGUGGAUGUCCAGCGUGUGCUAGAGAAUAUUAAUGUCCAGGUGGAUUCUAAUAACCUUCAUGAAAUCCUUAAUGAGGUUGAUCUUAAUAAAAAUGGGCAAGUUGAGCUCAAUGAGUUCUUACAGCUUAUGAGUGCUAUUCAAAAAGGCUUUGUGUCAAGCAGCCGGCUGGCAAUGCUUAUGAAAAGUGCCGAGGAGAACAUGGAUCAGAGAGACCCGAUUUCAGUUGACCGCAGUGGUGGUGGCGUGUGAGUCAUUCUGAAAAUGGACGCUCUUUUCGCUUCUAUGUGCCGGACAACAUUCCAAAGCUUUUUUUGUUUUCUUUUUUGGCUGUAAAUGCUGCAAAUUUGGCACUCAGUGAAGAACUUUGUGAGCAUGCAACUUUGUGAUGACAUUCAUACGCUCAAUAUUAUUUUCAUGGUGGCUUAAAAGCAAUGCAAACCUUAUUCUAUAUGCCAUGACGUUGUCUGUGCUAGGGAAAGGUUUUUUUCUUGUCUUGUUUUCGUUUUUGAACCUACCUAGCUUACUUUAGCAAUUUUGUGCAUCUCUUCUAUAAUGUAUGUUUUACGUUAACCUUGUUCUAUUUAUAUUGGUUUUAUUUAAAAGAAUGUUUAAAAAUGCACUGAACAGGAACACUAUAUUAUACGCACAGUUGUCAGAGAA